AUGGGUUUCCUUGUCAGCGGAUUAGAUAAAAACGAAGGCUUACUUAGUAAUGCAGAUGCAACUUUUAAUAGAGCCUCCAAUAUCGUUUCAUCAGUCUUGGGCCUCUUCGGGAACCUCGUUCCCCUCACCGUCUCAAAUUUCAAGUCCGUGUGUCUCGGCUCAAACCCUACGUCAUCUUCUUACAAGAACACGCUCGUCCACAAGGUCUUUCCUGGCCAGUACUUCCUCGCUGGCCGCCCCGACAAAGGCGAGGUCCGUCCGCCGCGCGACCUGCCACGCAACACCGAGACCGUCGACUCCAAGGCAUUCACACUCACACAUUCCCGACCCAGCAUCGUUUCGCUCUUGCUCUCUGAAAACGACGACGACGAUAUUAAACUUGAUCCUGAGUACCAGAAUGUUGAGUUCUUGAUCACCACUGGACCUCACAGCGAGUUCUGCAAGUUCUCCGUCUCACACCCCCAACCCAACAAUGAACCUCGAUGGCGUUGUAUUCUGAAUUCUGAAUUAUUGGUGCCAGAGAGAGAGAGAUUGCAGAAGAAGACACGUUGA